CUAAAAUCACACGCUCUCUGCUGGCGUUGUUUGAGCCUUUCUCUCUCACUCGAGCUCACUCUCACAUUUCGUUUAUGCAUUUUUGGGAUAAAGGAAGCUGGUCAGACUGAAAAGGCCCUAGCGGCAUUGGGACCAUAUUCUCAAGCAAUCAAAGCCAACAAUCUUUUGUUUGUGUCAGGUGUUCUUGGCCUUGUUACCGAGGCGGGGAAGUUCAUCUCUGAUAAUGUUGAAGAUCAGACAAAGCAGCUUCUCAAAAAUAUGGGAGAGAUCAUAAAAUAGUUGGAACUUGGAGUGUGGUGCAUGGUGCAUGAAGAAUUUAUCAGAUUGCAUCACACAAGGAAUUAGAUAGAAUAUCUUUGUUGCUGGGUUUGUGUGGAAUCUGGCUUUGUUGACUUCACCAAAGUUGUACAGGGAUACAUUCUUCCAAUCUCUAACAAACUAAUGUCUUCAAUUACUUGUCAAUGUUCAUGGCUGCUUUCCAAUUCUUCACAAGUAGUGGUAGCUAAUCGUAAAACUAAUGAUGCCAGGCGUACUAAUUUUGCUCAAAUCCCUUCCUGGGUCUCUUUGAAAAGCAGUCAUUCUUCCUUGAGGACCCAUCAAAGUCAACAAGGCCAAGUUGAAAACUUGCAUUUGAUUUCUUUAGCCAAACAAGGGAAGCUUACACAAGUGCAUGAAUUCAUUGGAAGCAUGGGCAAAGCGGGUAUUGCCAUUAAUCCCAGAUCCUACGAAUACCUCUUUAAAAUGUGUGGAAUGCUGAGAGCAUUAACUGAUGGAAAAUUAUUUCAUAAAAGAUUGCAGAGAAUGGCCAAAAGCAAUAAGUACAUUGAUAAUUGCAUCCUUCAAAUGUAUUGUGACUGCAAGAGUUUCAUAGAUGCAGAGAGAUUCCUUGAUAAAAUGGUUGAUCGGGAUUUAUUCUCUUGGGCCACCAUUAUAUCUGCUUACAUUGAGGAAGGGUGUAUAGAUGAAGCUGUUAGAUUGCUCAUGCGUAUGCUGGAUUUUGGAGUUAUGCCAAACUCCUCUAUCUUCAGUACUCUUAUAGCAUCAUUUGUGGAUCCUUCAAUGUUAUACCUUGGCAAACAGAUACAUUCUCAGCUGAUAAGGUUUGGAUUUGCAGCCGAUGAUUCUAUUGAAACGUCAAUCUCCAAUAUGUAUGUCAAGUGUGGGUGGUUGGACGGUGCUGAAGUUGCCACCAAUAAUAUGACCAGGAAAAAUGUUGUGGCUUGCACUGGAUUGAUGGUGGGCUAUACUCAAGCUGCUAGGCACAAGGAUGCUUUGUUGUUAUUUGCCAGGAUGAUAAGUGAAAGUGUAGAGUUGGAUGAGUUUGUCUUCUCAAUAGUUCUCAAGGCUUGUGCUGCUUUAGGAGACUUGUACACUGGAAGGCAAAUUCAUAAUUACUGUGUUAAACUUGGCUUGGAAUCUGAGGUCUCUGUUGGAACUCCACUAGUAGACUUUUAUGUCAAGUGUGCAAGGUUUGAAGCUGCACGUCAAGCUUUUGAGAGCAUACAUGAACCAAAUGAUUUCUCAUGGAGUGCUUUAAUUGCUGGAUAUUGCCAGAGUGGAAGAUUUGACAGGGCUCUUGAGGUUUUUAAGACAAUAAGAAGUAAAGAAGUGUUAUUGAAUCCAUUCAUCUAUACCAACAUUUUCCAAGCAUGCUCUGCUGUCUCAGAUUUGAUUUCUGGUGCUCAAGUUCAUGCAGAUGCAAUAAAAAAGGGGCUAGUUGCAUACCUCUCUGGGGAGAGUGCUCUGAUCACUAUGUACUCAAAAUGUGGCAAAGUGGACUAUGCACAUGAAGCAUUUUUGACAAUAGAUAAACCUGAUACUGUUGCGUGGACUGCAAUAAUAUGUGCUCAUGCCUACCAUGGCAAAGCUUCUGAAGCUUUAAGGCUUUUUAAAGGGAUGCAGGGUUCUGGUGUAAGUCCAAAUGCUGUUACAUUCAUAGGUUUGUUAAAUGCUUGUAGUCAUUCAGGUUUAGUUAAAGAGGGAAAGCAAUUUUUGGAUUUAAUGAGUGACAAAUAUGGUGUGAACCCAACAAUUGAUCAUUACAAUUGCAUGAUAGAUAUAUAUUCUCGUGCUGGACUGCUACAGGAGGCUCUUGAGGUGAUAAGGAGUCUGCCACUUGAACCUGAUUUAAUGAGUUGGAAAAGUUUAUUAGGAGGAUGUUGGAGCAGUAGGAAUCUUGAGAUUGCGAUGAUUGCAGCUGACAACAUCUUUUGCCUAGACCCACUAGACUCUGCUACUUAUGUGAUCAUGUUCAACUUGUAUGCUUUGGCUGGGAAGUGGGAUGAAGCAGCCCAAUUUAGAAAGCUGAUGGCUGAAAGAAACGUGAGGAAGGAAGUCAGCUGCAGCUGGAUUAUUGUGAAGGGUAAAGUCCACCGUUUUGUAGUAGGUGAUAGACACCACCCGCAGACAGAAAAAAUAUACUCAAAAUUAAAAGAACUCAGUUUCUCUUUAAAGAAAGUUGAGGAGCACCUUCUCAAUCAAGAGGAUGUUCUAUGUGACUUUACUGAAAGGAAAGAGCAGCUUCUUGAUCAUAGUGAGAGACUAGCUAUAGCCUAUGGUCUCAUAUACACUGCAGCUGAGACCCCCAUUAUGGUAUUCAAAAAUACACGAUCAUGCAAAGACUGCCAUGAUUUUGCAAAAAGAGUCUCAAUGGUAACUGGUCGUGAAUUAAUUGUGAGAGAUGCCAAUAGGUUUCAUCAUAUUAAUUCAGGGAAAUGUUCUUGCCGUGAUUAUUGGUGAUUUCAGCUUAGUUCUUUUCAUGGUCUCAGAAGCUUAAUUUUUUUUUAUGCUGCAUCAGUUAUAAUCAUCUAUAAUUCUAUAUAUACAAAUGAAAAUGAAGAGCUUUUGCCAGGUUAGAGUAGAUAAGCCAUCAUAAACCACUGCAUGGCUGCUCACCUUUUUCUUUGUUAUCCUUCAUGGUGAAUUUCCAAUUUUGUCCAAAUAACAACUUCACAUGACCUCUCAUUGACUCUCUUCCUUGGCUGCUCUAACAGACUUAAACACUUCUCUUUCUGCUGCCUUGCAAUGUCUCCAAUUAUUCCCUUUGGUGUACAAACUCCUAACCCAUGUUUCCCAAUGCUGUGCUUUUAAUUUCUAUCAUGAAUCUUUCUGUGCCACUCACACCACUUACCAUCUCUGCUGCGAUUCGAAGCUUCACGCCCCUUUGUGCUGCCAUUGUCUAAUGUUGUAGGCAAUGGGGCUAUUGUCUGACUGCAAUUGUAAGACUGUCUUUUUUUCCCCCAAGACUAUGGCCUGAAGUUUCAGUCUCAUCCUGUUGCUGUUGUAAAAAUCUUGGAAGAAUUUUGAGUUUUGGGAAUUACAAUUAUUAAAAUAGUAUUCUAGAGAUUUUGGAAAAUUAUGCAUAUAGUCCGUGGUUAAUUUUUUGUAAUGUUGAUAGUUUUAUAUUGUCUAGUAUGUAGGCAAUAGUCAGUACUCAUUCUUGAUGUAAUCAUGCUGUUAGGCUCUCUAUUUCAUUGUUGAUGUGGACUUUUUUCCCCAAUUAGAGAGCAGAUUGGGCUUCACCUUUAUAAGUUACUUCAUAACCUCUCACUAAAUGCUUCUGAAUACAUUUAACAAACUCCAAAGCUUGGGUAAUUGAGUGCUCAUUUGAUAAUGUGUUGCUUUGCUUGUCUUCCUUUGCUAUCAUUGUUGAUCAAUGAGCACAACAGUUUUCAUUGAAAGGUGGAAUUGUCUUUUGAGUGGUUAAAACUAUCAUGUGGCUGCUAACUGAACCACUUUUAAGGCCAUGGUAAAGUCACUGAACUCGAAAGAGGAUGGCAUCCAGAACAACUAUGGAGAGGAAGCUGCAAUGUUUUUGAGAUACAACUGCUACCCUUCAUGUUGGAUGGCUGAUCAUGUUAUUGGCUUGUAGCCACAUGCUGAUUCGCUAAGUUUAUAACUUUUCUGAAGCAUGUUAUUUA